AUGACCAAGGAGUCUGUGCACAAUCUGCCCACCGUUUCCACCUCUCAGCCCGCUGAGCCCGUGGACGCCAUCCCCCCCACCGCCUACGUCCCCCCGGAUGAGGCCUACACCCGGUCUCGACCUAUGGGUCUCGGUGAGAACAUGCGAAACCUCUUCAUUGCCUGCAUUGGUGAGUUUGUCGGUACCUUCAUGUUCCUGCUGUUCGCUUACCUGAUUGCCACCGUCGCCAACUACGACAAAACCGUCGCCGGCCCCAACGCCGCCAAGAUCAUCAUGAUCUCCUUCGGCUUCGGCUUCUCCCUCCUCGUCAACGUCUUCAUCUUCUUCCGAGUCUCCGGAGGUCAGUUCAACCCUUGUGUCACUCUCGCCCUCACCCUUGUUGGUGCCGUUCCUCCCGUCCGAGCUCUGUGCUUGGCCAUCACCCAGCUCCUCGCCGGUAUGGCCGCUGCUGGUGUCGCCGACGCCCUGACCCCCGGCCCCGUCACCUUCAUCAACACUCUCGGUGACGGUGUGUCCCGAACCAGAGGAAUGUGGAUCGAGAUGUUCUGCACUGCCCAGCUGUGUCUGACCGUGCUGUUCCUCGCCGUCGAGAAGCACCGAGCCACCUUCAUGGCUCCCUUCCCCAUUGGAAUGUCUCUCUUCAUUGGCCAUCUGGUUGCCGUCUUCCCCACCGGCGCUGGUAUCAACCCCGCUCGAUCUCUGGGCCCCUGCAUUGUUGGAAAGUCUUUCCCCCACUACCACUGGAUCUACUGGGUCGGUCCUAUCCUCGGUUCCAUCUUCUCUGUUGGUCUCUACCACACCCUCAAGUUCCUUGACUACGAGACCUCCAACCCCGGCCAGGACAACCAGGACUAA